UCUCAGUCCUAAACUAUUCAUUUCAGGUUUCUGAUCCUUAUCCAUACCAAACUUCUCUCGUGCUGUUACAGAACUCCCAAGUGAAGAAUCGGUACUCUUUCAAGUUCCAGGAUGGAGACGCAAGCAGAACCCAUCCUAGCCCCUGAACAGCUACUGGAGCCCGAGAAGAAGAAACGAAAAAGAAGCAAGAACUCGCCUGCACAGAAUAAGCCAACCGGGUUCGAAGAGUACUAUGUUGAUGCGCCCAUGACCGUGGAGGAAUAUGACACUGAAAAGGAACUCUUCGAUGUUCGCAUGGAAGAUGCAUUUUUGCGAUUUCAGAAGAAGCGUCGAAUUGAAAAUGAUAGACUGGAGGUCUUUCAAAAGUACCUAGCGUACGGAGGUGUGGACGUUGGCCCAAAAAUGUUUGUCGGAUCCGAUGAUCGUGACUUCAAGAACAUGGACAGCGAACAGAUUCUUCUUGCGAGAGGACAAACCUCCAUCAAGGAUGAUCACUCAAAGCUUCCCGUUGAUUUCAAUGCUGUGGUAAAGGGCUACCUGACCUCGUACUUCCCCUACUACUUCAAUCCGGAAAAUGAAGAAAUGAUAAAGCUUGCCACGGUUACGAUCAGAAAUUACCUCUCAUACCUCCUCUACCACAACGUUUGCCCGGAACAUAGAGAGAAUAUCGACGAGGCGAGGAAAUCGUGUGACCUCGCCGAGAAAGAACUAUGGAAAAACCAGCAGUUUACAGCAGCAGGACCCGGCGAAUUUAACAAUGGGUGCUCCAUCCUUUUCGGAGGAUUCCAGCAUGACCUCUACGUCGAGAACAAUCAGUGGAGCAACCCCAAGGAUAAUUCCACGCUGAUGACCAAAGAGGUAGCUCGAAAGGUAGUGAAAUUUGGGUUGGCUGGCUCUGGUUCAGAUGAACUUGCGGUUUUGUUUAACCAGCUAUCCUUAGACGGGGAGCUGCAGGCGAAACGUGUGGAAGAUAUCGACGGUUUCGAAGUUAUUGGGCUGGUGCCUCCGGACGUUGUCACAACCGAGUUUUAUGAGAAGCAUGCCCCCGACUUGAAUUCCGUCGGAAUACUGCGCGGAAGAGCCUAUCACGAUCCCGCAAGACCUAGGUACGACAUGACUGCGGAAGAACGCAAUGAAUGGGAGAAAGAGAACCCUAUAAUGCCAGAGUUUGAAUUCUUUUUGGAAGAAAGCUUGCUGGAGCACUGCUAUGUGGGCAUGAAGGUGAUCACUUCUGUGUGGGAGCUGAAUUGCGGGCUUCACUAUUUCGAGGACAUUCACACGGCCUACAGUUCCAUCUAUACGGUUCUUCCUAAUGAUCUGAUGAUAGGAUGGAAGAAGCCAAGAGAUCUGACCGGAAACGAUGAAGAUGAUGGAAGUGACGUGGAUUGA